AUGGCGGAAAAAUCUUCAAGUUACAGCGUUCAAGGGUACAAUUUUGUCACUCUUUUGAAGAGAUUGGAAGCUGCCACUUCUAGAUUGGAAGAUAUAACCAUCUUCCAAGAACAAUCUUCUAAGGCUCCUGAAGGGGAAAACCCUUCAGAAGUAAAAGAAAUUGCCGGGGAUGCUCCAGCCAAUCUCCUUGCAACCACUACCAGUGGCUCACCACCACCACCACCACCACCUCCUCCUCCUGCCCCAGUUGAAGAAGAAGAUCCAGUGGUCACUGGUUUCCAAACUUUCAUAGACAAGUACCUUACUCCAUUUGAAACCACAUCGAAAAAAAUUGACUCUGAAUUGGGUGAUAUGGUCCAUGAUUUGGUUGCGGGUUUUGCCGAAGAGAAGGACUUUUUGAAAAUAGUUCUGUUAUCUAAAAUGACCCCACAAGAAAAAUUGAUCCCAUAUAUCAAACCUACCCAGAAGAAAAUCGAGUCGGUCAUGUCAUUCAAAGAACUGUACCGUGGCAAGCUCUCAAACCAUGUCAACACCAUCAAUGAAUACGUCCCAAUUUUGGGAUGGAUCGUGGUUCCAUGCAUGGGAGGCAACAACAAACCAUUGUUGAGCCACAUUGAUGAUUUCACCGACUCUGCCACCUUCUGGUCAAAUAGAGUCAUGAAGGAAUUCAAAGAUACUGACAAAACUCACGUGGAAUGGGUGAAACAAUUGCGUGACAUUUCCACCGGGUUGAAAGAGUACAUUAACGAAUACCAUCCUACCGGGUUGGCUUGGAACAUCAAGGAAGGUGUGCCAAUUGAAGAUGCUGCAAAGAAAUUAUCUGAAUUAAAAUCUUCUCAUCCUGCUGCCUCUGCUGCUGCUGCUGCUGCUGCUGGAGGCCCACCACCGCCACCACCUCCACCACCUCCGGCAUCAGUGUUUGAAAUUACUAAAGAAGCCGCUCCAGCUAGCGGAAUGACUGCAGUUUUCUCUGCAUUGAAUCAAGGUACAGAUAUUACCAAGGGUUUAAGAAAAGUCGAAAAAUCUGAAAUGACCCACAAGAACCCAGAGCUCAGAAGAACCACUUCCAACUCCAGUACCAGUAGUAAAAAGGCUCCUAAACCACCAAAGAAGCCAUCAUCUUUGUCCGGAUCCAAGGUCAAGGCCAAAUCACCACCAAAGAAAGAAUUGGUCGACUCUAAGUGGUCGGUAGCCAACUUCGAAGAUGAUCAUGAAAUCGUUAUUGAAGGUGAAAUGGACCAUCAUGUGUUUAUUGCUAAAUGUACAAAUUGUACCAUUAAAAUCGUUGGGAAGGUUAACGCCAUUACGGUUUCUGAAUGUUCUAAGGUUGGUAUUUUAACCGAGUCGUUAAUUUCCGGUAUUGAUUUUAUUAAGACCAGCAAAUUCCAGUUACAACCAUUAGGGUUUGUUCCAUUGAUUAGCAUCGACCAGAGUGAAGAUGGGGAAAUUUAUUUGGGUAAGAAUACCUUAGACUCCCAAAUUUUCACCAGUAAGACUACCAGUUUGAACGUUUAUUGUGCCGAUCCAGAAAAUGAUGAAGCCGAUUUUACUGAAACUCCACUUGCUGAGCAGUUCGUUCAUAAUUUUGAUAGAAAGACGGGAAAAUUCGUUAGUUCUGUGGUUGAAGCUUCUGGUUGA